UUUAUCACAUAGAAAGUUAAUGGAGUCUGUCAUGAGAAAGCACGGAUCCUCCUUUGACCAUUAGUUAGUGUUAGAAAUCUAGUAAACUAAAUCUGGAUAUAGACUAGAUCUAGAUCUAGCACCUGGAUCUUCUAAGCUAAACUAGACAGAUCUAGACAGUGAAUUUUAUUCGCUAAUAAAGUAAUAUUAAUAAAAAUGGGUGAUACGGCAGCAGUUACAAAUAAAAAGCUACCAGAACAACAGAAGUUUCAGUUUGGACCAUGGACAAUUUCUUCUUUGAAAUCUCACAUUAUGGAAUCAGAAGGAAACCACAGAGAAAAAUAUGAGCAAGAAUUAAGGCUUCCACAGUUACCUGAGAUGGUUUUUGCUGAAAAUUGUCUUAAAAUUUAUCACCAGUCUGGCUGUGGCAUAGAAUUUAAUGCACUCGAUGCUCUUCGGUUAGUUGAUGCAAGUACAGACCUGAUCAAAGUAGCAGCUUCAGAAGAAUGGCAGAAUGCAAGAUCAGAGUGUCAGCAUAUAAAGAAUGUAGUAGCCCCGUUUGAUUGGACAUUCACUACAGACUACAAGGGAACUGUUUUUGAAGACAGGCCUAACACAUUAAAGAUUUCUCCAACCACUGAGCGUAUUAAUAUUGAAAAUCUUAAGAAAAAAGAACCCAUUCAUUUCUAUGAAGAUAUUUUACUAUUUGAAGAUGAAUUGUCUGAUAAUGGGACUUCAAUGCUUAGCGUAAAAGUUAGGGUCAUGCCAAGCUGCUUUUUCAUCCUACUCAGGUUUUUUGUAAGAGUAGAUCAAGUGCUGAUACGAAUCAAUGACACACGCUUCUACCAUGAGGCUGGGACAAAUUAUAUGUUGAGAGAAUUUUCCAGUAAGGAAGAAAAAACAUCUAAUAUACCUCAGAGUCUACACACAGAUCCUAAUGCUGUGGCGGAGCACCUGAAACUGACUAAAGAAAUAUUUGAAAAGCUGGAAUUUGGCCCACACACUUUGUGAUCCUGGUGUUUUUUUAUACAAUGUAUCUUAUUUAAGUAUCUGUCUUAUAAAUUUGUUGUACCUUAUUUACUCAAUAAUAUUAUUGUGAUUUA